GAUCAAUUGGAGGGCAAGUCUGGUGCCAGCAGCCGCGGUAAUUCCAGCUCCAAUAGCGUAUAUUAAAGUUGUUGCAGUUAAAAAGCUCGUAGUUGGAUUUCUGUUUUGGAUGUCCGGUCCGCUCCCUCUGGGAGUGCGUACUUAUGGAUGUUCGAGGCAUUUUUUGUGAGGCUGCCUUUCUGCCAUUAAGUUGGUGGGUUGGUGGGCUUGCAUCGUUUACUGUGAAAAAAUUAGAGUGUUUAAAGCAGGCGUUUGCUCAUUUGAAUACAUUAGCAUGGAAUAAUAAGAUACGGCCUUGGUGGUCUAUUUUGUUGGUUUGCACACCAGGGUAAUGAUUAAUAGGGACAGUUGGGGGUAUUCAUAUUUCAGCGUCAGAGGUGAAAUUCUUGGAUCGCUGAAAGAUGAGCUUAGGCGAAAGCAUUUACCAAGGAUGUUUUCAUUAAUCAAGAACGAAAGU